AUGAUGUCAUAACUAGGGCAUUUGAAGGGAAGUUCUCUUAAGUCUUCUCUGAGAAAGAAAGAGGUAGGGGAGGCUUAUAAUGAAUGCAAUGACAUAUAGAGAAGUGAGGAAAUGAUAAGGGGAAAAAGAGUGAGAUUCAAAGACAAAGAGGCCCCUAAUACUCCGGGCAAGCCUAGGUGCUUGGAGGAGGAUUUUAAAUUAUGUUGA